GGAUUUCGGGUUGGGAGGUGUGCAGCUACGACAGUUGCAUAGGGUUGGAUUUGUCCGGUUAGGGGGCCCAAAUUCUCUAGCAGCGCCCCUGAUUCAGAUCAUCGCUACGGAAGUGCUCACAUUCACGGUACUUUUCACUUGAGCUGGGGAAUCCCGGGUCACGCUGCCCUGAGGUUCUGGUUUGGCCCAGCGGCCAGCCGUACGAAUCAGACUUCAGACUCUGCGGCCCCGGCCUCCGGCAGCAGACUGUCCCCUUUCUCCGAAUGCGGCGAGCGAGCACCCGAAAAACGGGAGCAGGACAGCGCGGGUAAUUAUAAUGAGCUGGCUGAGCACUGAUUUGUUGUGUCUAGCCACACCUCUCCGCCUUCGCUGGCUUCCUCCGGCUAAAUAGCCGCCUUCGUUCGCUGGAGGCCGAUGUCACCGCCGGCGCGGGCGCAGCGUCUCACAGCCGCAAACAGGAACAUUAGUGUGAGGAGCAACAGCAUGGAUUCUUCCAGUGAUACUUACCUGAGGAAGGACAAACCAGAGAUUCUCCAUUCUUGCUUUCAUGGAAAAAUGUAUAAGGACUCUCUGACAUCCUAUUCAAAUAGCUCCAUUAUCUCCCAGCUCCUGCGGAAGACUAUCCAAAACAAGAAGGCUUUGAAGGAAAGCUUCCUCUACCUACCUGCAACUGCUCUGCCCAGUUCCUACACUGCAGACUCCAGCCAAGUGAACUGGAGCUGUAGCUCCUUCAAGGAGGGUAUGUAUCUGACCAAGCAACAUUCCAUGGCAGCUGGUUCUGAAGAAGACCCACCACACAACGAGCACCACCAGGCCAAGCGUGCAAGAGUAGAGAACAUAAUCCGAGGAAUGGGAGGGUCUCCCAAGGCACGACCACACCAUGAGUGGGAGAUAUCAGGCACCAGCGUCAAGGGGUCAAGGGAAGAAAAGUGGAUGCAAAUGUCACAUACUCUGGAAGGGGGCUGUAUGCCUAGAAGAACCAGCAGCAUUAAGGAUGAGGAACGUCACAGUCUUAGGCAGCAGUUACAGAACAUGCAGAGGCUCCUCAAACAUCUCCAAGAGAGGUUCCUCCAAAUUGAUAAUCUAAGUGAAACUCAGCAGGAGGAUGGGAUGGAAGAGGUUCUUCCAAACAUCAUGUAUUGUCAUAACACCUUGUUGAAGAAGGAGUUUUUGGAAUGGCCAGACUGUGCACUCCGGGUGGACCCAGACAGUGAGUUUGAAAGGAAAACCAGGCAUGUCAGGAUGAGUCAAAAACAGACAGUGCAGAAGAGCAACAUUCAGAUCAUGCACAAUAAGGAGGAUCAGGAACUAUUAGAGGUGCUUAAACAUGAGCUAUCAAGGGCUGUAAGCAGAAGUGUGGAUUUAGUUUUUAAAAACUUCUCCUCUGCAAUAUCUAACCGACACCCACGACUGCUUGCAGGGUUAGACUGUAACUCUGAGCUUAGUGGUUCCCCAGAACCAUCACUUGGAGCAGAUGUGAUUACAGCUCAGUCAGCAGAGUUUACCAAGGGGGCAGACAUGCAAAAUCCAGAAGAUCAAACUGAAGCACUGCCUCUAGUCAUUCGCAAUCCACAUUCUGUUCGGCCAUGCCCUAUGAACCAGGUGUUGAAACAACCCCACGAUAUGACACAGUUGCCACUGCAAUUCAAACAGAAUGUCCCUUUUCAGAAUGAGAUUCUGGAAAACCUCCUCAAAUAUGGGCCCCAUGAUGAUCUCAGGGUUCCCCUUCAAAGGAUUCUGCCCACAGACACGUCCUCUCCGCAAAUUCUGGACUUACCCUGGUCUUCUUCCAAAGCAUGUUCCAAACUGAGCUCCAGUCACAUAGACACUGAAGCCACGGAGACCCAACCAGCAUCUCUGGGGCAGGAGAGGAUGGAGGCUGCUUGCUUCUCUCAGGUGAAGUUGGAGCAUGGAAAUCUGCAGGGUGUGGUGGAGAGGAACCCAUAUCUGUCACUCAACAUUCAGGAAGGUCUAACUCCCAAUCAUUUGAAGAAGGCGAAGUUAAUGUUCUUCUACACUCGCUAUCCCAGCUCCAGUGUGUUGAAAUCUUUCUUCCCUGAUGUGAAGUUUAAUCGCUGCAUUACCUCCCAGCUCAUCAAGUGGUUUAGCAAUUUCCGUGAAUUUUACUACAUCCAAAUGGAGAAGUUUGCCCGCCAGGCCAUCCUGGAUGGGUCUGGCAGCACGAGGGACCUGUCUGUCACCCGGGACUCCGAGCUGUUCCGAGCCCUCAACACGCACUACAAUAAAGCCAACGACUUCCAGGUUCCUGAGAGAUUUCUAGAAGUUGCCGAAGUCACACUGAAAGAAUUUUUCAAUGCCAUUUUACAGGCUAAAGAUAAAGACCCUUCAUGGAAGAAAGCAAUCUACAAAGUCAUCUGCAAACUGGAUGGAGAUGUGCCAGAUUAUUUUAAAUCAUUCGCCUGUUCUUAGAUAUUGAUUUUGCAUACAGUACUGUGCAAAAGUCUUAAGCAGUCACAGAAAAUGUUUAAAUGAUCUCCGUGUUGGUGUAAAACUGACAUAUCUGUCAAAGUGUGCCAGCCAUUUCAAAACAUCUCCUAAAAUUACAACAGUAUUUGCAGCAUCCGUCCAAUACAUACCACUUCCUCACUUUGUUUCACUAAUCAGUAUCAUAUUGACUUUUCUUGACUAAUUAAAUUAAUUGAAUGAGCUGGUGGUGAAAUUUAAUAAAUACACAGAAUGGCUGAGGUUCCUCUGAGGAGAGGUUAGGGAACUGAAGCGAUGUUCAUCCAGCAAGACAUCAGUAACUUUUGGGAGAACCGACGAAAUUCUUGGUCAUUUUUAUCGUCACUGUUAAUUUGCCCAUGUUAUAAUGUUAAAUUGUUUUUCCCCCUGAGCAAAUAUACACAUAUUACCAAGACAAGCAAACAUUUUCUUUGACUGCCUAAGACUUUUACACAGUACUGCAUAUAUAAAGCUGGCAUUUCCUGCCCACAGCUGGAUCAAGUCACUGAAGCACACCUUAAACUUUUCAUAACGCAAGAUUUUGACAAUUUACAUUUUGUGAAUUCAAAACCCAACAAUCAUUGUGACAAUAUUUAGUUGGUUGAAAUGUUUAUGAUUUUAUCCUCAAGGUAAAGCUUGUACAUGUUAAUGAUGUGUAAAGCAAAAAAAAAAAACAUCCCUGAAAUGUGUAACUCAUGCUAGUCGAUUUAUAAAUUACAUCCAAUAUGAAAAAUACAUUAAAAGAUUAGAAUGCUAAAAUUUUAAUUGGUUUAUCCUAGUUUAUUUUAAAGCCUUAAAUUUAACUGAAAUAGGAUAUGGGAAAAUUAGUUCUAAGUUGUGUUUAGCCAUUAAAGUUUAUUUUCCAGUUGCUGAACUUAACACACAGAUGCAAUUAAUGUGCAUGAUUUCUUUUGAAACAUUAAAAACUGCAACCGUUUAACUACCCUGUAUAACAUGAAA